GUGCCUGUUGCGUAUUACAGAAAACUUGGACGCGUGUUAAUUUUUCUUUAUCUUCCUUAAAAUACCAACGUUUUCUCGUUAGUGUGUCCCGUAUUUUCGGUGUGAAUUUAAAGCAGUCUGUAGGUAUGCCACUGUCGGCUCGCUCGAGCUCUGACGGCAGCGGGGGGCCUCGGAGUCCUCGUGCCCGGAGACCCCGGACUCGUUCCCGCAGCCGCCACCGCAGCGACAGCCGCGAACGGAGCCUUUCGCCGUAUAGCUUCGGGCCGAAACUACCGAAGCCGCGCAACAGGGAGAAGGAACACGAGGAACGGGACCGUCGAUUCCGAGAGGCGAGAAACAUCAGGCGGAUCCGCAUUGGAAGCCCCCGUCGUAGCCGGUCCCGGUCCAGGUCCAGGGAGCGUCCCAACAAUAACAAUAACAUCAGUCACAACCAGUGGUCCGAGCAACGGGACGCUCCUGGAAAACACGGUAGCUUCAAAGAAGAUUAUUACUACGAACAGCAGCGGGACGACGCUCAGAGACAGAGACAAGAGGCUUUUAUUGCCAGGCGUCUGCAGGAGAGGGAGAGGAUCGGCGAGUUAGGUUGUCCUGAAGUUUGGGGAUAUUCACCAAGAGUGAAAGAGCCAGACUCCGACGAAUUCACACCAGUCGAAGACGAGAAAAACAGCAGCUCAGAAUCGAGCUCAGAAGAAGAAAAAAAGAGGAAGAAAAAGAAGAAGAAAUCCAAGAAAAAAAAGAACAAAAAGCACUCCGAAGACAGCGAGCUAGAGUCAGAUUCAGAUGAGGAAGAAAUAAAGAAGAAAAAAAAGAAAAAGAAGAGCAAGAAGUCGAAGAAGUCCAAGAAGAAGAAGGCGAAGAAGAGCCGCAAGGAGUCCAGUAACCCCAGCAGUGAAGAGUCAGAGGAGGAAGAGGAGGAUCCCAACGGGGUGAUGUGGGUGGAGAAAACCUGCAUGGACGAACACGUGGUUGGCCCCGAAGCCCCGCUCACACAACUGUCCCAGGAUGACAGACCUUUGGAUUUUGGUCACGCGCUGCUGCCAGGUGAAGGUGCUGCGAUGGCGGAGUAUGUGAAAGCAGGCAAACGUAUCCCGAGAAGAGGUGAGAUCGGUCUCACCAGCGACGAGAUCGCAGACUUUGAGAAGUCUGGCUACGUGAUGAGCGGCAGCAGACAUCGUCGUAUGGAGGCUGUGCGUCUGAGAAAGGAAAACCAGAUCUACAGUGCAGAUGAAAAGAGAGCUCUGGCAUCCUUCAACCAGGAGGAGAGGAGGAAGAGAGAGAGCAAGAUCCUGUCGAGCUUCAGGGAGAUGGUGUACAGGAAAACUAAAGGCAAGGAGGAGAAAUAAACAUCCCAUCUCUACAGAUUACCCUUUUUAUAGGACACCUUUACUUUUUUCUUGGUAUUAAUGUUGUAUUUUUUCGGACAAUAACCAACGAUAACAUUCAGUUUAGGUUGAAUAUACUAUGUGGAGAAGGAUUUUAAUUGUAAAGAAAAGUGAGACUGAGAAGUAUUCUGUUGUAUGUUCUCUAUCCUUUGACUCACGAGAAUUCAUCUUCCCUUUCAACUUUAACUUAAUCUUGUCAAUGUUUUGCAAAUUAUCCUGAUCACAACGGUAAAUAAAUUUUCAUUAU